CGGGCUCCGGUUCCGGUUCUCCUCCAGCAAAAGCGACGGACGGCAGCGGCGUAAGCUAUGUUAUUCUUGCCAAUGCUGACAAAUGAGCCUCCACCCUUCGUUCCUUCACAUCUUCCAGCCGAGGAAUACAGGUGGAAGAGAUGUGAUGCUCUCGCUUUAGAGCGUGUGGAGCUGAGCGGAAGAGAACAGCUGCACUUCUGUACAUUAGAAAGAAAACCUCUGGCUGCGGGUGGCUUGUCCAACCACUGGAGAAUAUAAAGCACAUGGAUUGCAGCUUAGCUGAUGUCUCAUCGGCACGCGUGCGUCGAGUCGCUUGCAUUGCUGAUAACAUCCCAUUGUUUGCGGAUAACAACGAAUGAUCAACGUUAUUAUGUGGGUACUGCUCCUUAUAACAAAGAGGUGUCUUCCCACUGUCCCCAACCCAUACCUAUGCAUGGAGUCGACGCCUGCAUGUCUUCCCUGAUGUCCGGCAAGGGAUUCUCCAGCAUGAAUCACCGCUACAGGGAGCGAUUCAACAGUUGGAAUGAGUCCGACGAGCUCGGCGUCUUCGAGGCGACGCGGUACUUCUCUGAUGCGACCGACGGCGUAGGUCUCGUAGGUGGAUUUGGCCCUCGUGGAGCUGUUGCAGUCGAGCAGACGGUGCCCAGGAGCUCAGAUGGGAGACUAAUUAGCGGCAGUCCCUCGCUGACGAGAGCCAAGAAGUGCGGCAAGCAACCUGGCUCCCCUGGAGCUAAAUUAGUCGGCUAUCUCAACUCUUUCUUCCAUCAAGCGGCUUCUCGGAGGAAGCCGAAGUGUUCGAAUCCCACCUCGACGUCCAGAGAGCCACGAGAGGAUGGGGAAGAGGUGGAGAAGAGACCUGGAGAUCAGAAGGAGAGAAGAAGAAGCAUCACCGGCCAUUCUCAAAGCACCAAGACCGCUGGCACCAAAUCCAGCAAUUUCUGCCCACGAAGUGAGGUAAGGGGAAGGAGAAGAAGUAUCACGGAGGUGUCAAAGGAGAGAGAAAACUGGGAGAACAAACAGGUGCCGAACGGUGCAUGGCCAAGGGGAAGAAAUAAGACCUUCGGUAGAACAGGAAAAGAGGUGGAAGAUGAUGACGGGGACUCCGACUCCAGUUCCGAUCUAUUCGAGCUGAAGAUUUGCGAUCGCGGCGGCCUCUCCGACGGCUUGCCCGUCUUUGCAACCACAGAUAUCCAAGCUAUCAAGAGAGACACUGCGAUAUCAAGUUCUGCAUCUUAGCCACCAUUUUCCUCUCUUCUUCCCUUCUCCAAUACCUGGUAAUAAUACGAAUCAGUGAUGUUUCUUUUCAUUUGCUCUUCUUCAAGUUAAGCUUUCAUGGAUGUGAAGUGAGAAGCCAUCAGACCUCUGUUCCAAGUAUCCAUUGGAGAUUCACGCGUGAGGUUUGAGGAGUAUUAUUAUAUUAUUGAGGAUGUGUCCUACCGCAAAUGAAUCAUCAGAGUUGGUAUGUUGGCAAUUCAUUUGCCAAGCA